AUGAGCCGCGCUUUGUGGUACUUUUCUCUGUUGGGUCUGUGCCUGGUAUUGCCUGUACGGUUAGGAGAACAGCGAAUCCGGUCGAAACGCUUCCUCAUUUUUCCACGUCAAGCUCCGACAAGACAUCAGUUUAUUGCCGGCAUUGGCAUUCCGGCUGAUCUGUCCUAUGAAUCACUGACCGUCGGUCACGUUCUAAAAGCGGAGUUUUUCCUGCCAUACAAUGCGUCCGUGUACCGACAAAACCCAUUUCUUCCGGAGUACAAACAUACUAAAGUGUCCUUAAACGCCGGGAUCGCCGAGGCUGAGAUACGUCAAAUUCAAAGGAAUCCCACCCAGUUGCGCUGGCAAAUUUACGCGUACAUUGAGCACAUGUUGAACGGAUAUGGGAAUCGCAGCUACGGAUACAACGGCCAUGAAUGCAUGCUACAGGCUAUAUGCGAGGCGAAUGCAAUACGGUUUUCCAAACAGUUUAGUGUUGUCCAAGAGCUACUGCAUCUGGUGCUUGGCCCCUCCACGACGCUAAAUGGGGACGCGGCGGAGGCCUACGACUACGUACUGGCCGAAAAGAUGGGCUCGAAAUCAAACAGUUGUGACAUUUAUGACUGCAGCAUAAGGCUACUCGAUUGGAUUUCGAGAGUAAUGCAAAUAAGCUAA